AUGGGUCUCGGUGUUCUUGAACCUUCUACAACCACCCAUGUGGCCGGUACCGUUCUGCUCAACGAAGCGGCGGCACAUUCAUUGCCUCAAACUGGGAAUUUGAAGCAUGGGACUGGGAGAGACAAGAAUGUGGUGCUCGCUCCGCAGCCUUCGGACGAUCCCAAUGACCCAUUGAACUGGUCGUCAUUUGAAAAGCACACCAUUAUAGGAGUACUCUGCUAUGGUGCUAUUACUUCUACCACGGUAGUUGGCCCGUUGCUUGCUGCAGGCACGGUUGAGGUUUCGGUGGAUUUGGGCGUCAGUGUGACAGACAUUGCACUACUCACGGGUUACCUUCUUCUAGCAGCUGGAGCUUCCGGGUUCUUCGUCUCAGCGCUCGCAAGAAAGUUCGGAAAACGACCUCUAUACCUCCUCUCGUCUCUACUGGCCGUAGUCGGCUGUAUCAUUGGAGAAGUCGCCAAGGAGUACUCUACCCUGGUGGGCGCUCGGGUUAUCCAGGGUCUAGCCAUGGCAGCAUACGAAUCCCUGAUUCUGACAUCCAUCGGUGAUCUCUUUUUUGUGCAUGAGAGGGGAACCCGGGUCUCAGCCGUCAUGUUCAUUUUGACAGCAAUCAAUAACGGUGUCUCCAUCAUCGCCGGGGUGAUCACAGCGCGUUUUGGCUGGUCCUAUAACUUUCAUAUACUGUUGCCCUUCACGACCUUGCAGUUUAUCCUUGUUUUUCUCUUCGUGCCAGAGACCAGUUACAACAGAAGCAAGAUCUAUGAAACGGACAUAAUAGGCUCAAACGUGAACCUCGAAGAGCUCGGAGAUGUGGAAGCCGCAGCUGGAACGCCCGAUGAGCCCACCAAAGAAAGUGUCGGCAGUGAGGAGAUAGAGAAUGUCCGAACCUGUACCACUCUACCGCGACGAAAGUCAUUCCGGCAGCGACUGGCGGUUUGGAAUGGAGUCUUUGUUGAAGAUUCUUUGAUCAAAAUGCUUCUCUCCUGCCCAGCCAUCUUACUUAAUGUUGCCGCCCUUUAUAACGUCGUCGUUUCUGGUGUUACUAUUACCUGGUCAGUGGGCACUUCGAUCAUCUCCGCUGUUCUCUGGUCAGCUCCGCCGUACUCCCUCAGUCCCGCUGGCAUUGGCUAUGUGUCUACGGGCCCUCUGAUUGGCGGCACAUUGGGUCUUAUCGUAUACGGUCUGAUCGCAGAUCCGCUCAUCAAGGCAGUGGCACGAAGAAACAAGGGAGUCUACGAACCCGAGUUCAGGCUGCCUGUGAUCGUCAUUGGCCUUAUCCCCACAGUUGCCGGUCUUGUGGGCUUUGGAUACGCCUGCCAGAAUUCGGUGUCAAUCUACCUCAUCUCAUUCGCAUGGGGUGUGCUUAUGUUUGGCUUGUUUAUCUCGGCUGCCGUCAACAGUGCAUAUGUACUGGAUGCUAUGCGAGAGCACAGCACCGAGAUAUUCAUCAUGAACAUGGUUUUCAAAAACUUCUUUUUCUAUGGUAUCAGUGAUUACGGAAUUGAUUGGCUUAUGACGCAAGGUGUUUCGAGCAUGUCUAAUGUUAUGGCUGGUAUCAGUGCUGGUCUAAUUCUCACUUCUGUCCCGAUGUAUAUCUACGGCAAGAGAUACCGCAGUUUCUGGCAACAUCAUAACCUUAUCAAAAGGUGGCAUUUGGAGACUGAGAAAGCUGGCGAUGAGUGA